GCAAGAAAAAGGUCCAACCAACGCUCCCUGAGAAUUCUCCACAGCAUACUGUAGGAUUAAGAUCUUCAGAGUGAUUUUUCAUCUCACUCACUCUCUGGUCAGAACUCUCUUGUGGGAUAACCCCUCUGAAGAUUGGACUGACUUACAACUUUUGAAACUGGACAACAUGGCACAACAGCAGUACUCUGAAAAAGACCCCACCAUUGAGCUCUUCAUAAAGGCAGGGCAUGAUGGAGAGAAUGUUGGAAACUGUCCUUUCUGCCAAAGGCUCUUCAUGGUGCUCUGGCUGAAGGGAGUCAAGUUUACAGUCACUACAGUUGACAUGCGAAAGAAACCAGAGGAGCUGAAAGACCUUGCCCCUGGGACUAAUCCCCCCUUCCUUCUAUACAACGGAGUCCUGAAGACUGACUUCAUCAAGAUCGAGGAGUUCCUGGAAACAACUCUGGCUCCACCAAAUUACCCACACCUCAGCCCGCUUAACAAAGAGUCCUUUGAUGUGGGUGCCGACAUCUUCGCCAAGUUUUCUGCCUUCAUCAAAAAGAGCCCAAACAACAGCUUACAAGAAAGAGCUUUGCUCCGGGAAUUUAAACGACUGGAUGACUACCUAAACACCCCUUUGCCGCAAGAGAUAGAUCACAACUCAACAGAAAACAUCACAGUUUCCACAAGGAAGUUUCUGGACGGCAACAGCUUGACCCUGGCAGACUGCAACCUGUUACCCAAACUACACGUUAUCAAGGUUGCAGCCAAAAAGUACUGUGACUUUGACAUUCCUACCCAGUUCACGGGAGUGUGGCGCUACCUGAACAAUGCCUAUGCAAGAGAGGAGUUCAGCCAAACGUGCCCGGCAAACAUAGAAAUUGAGAAAGCUUACGAGAGUGUGGUCAGACAGAGGAAAUGAGCUGCUCCCCAGUCUAUCCAUUCACAGUUAAAUCUCUAAACACCCGCAAUACCCAAAACACGCUACCGAGGAGAGGGGGAGGCACAUUAUGAAUUUAUAUCUUCUAUAAAUAGUUUUUGGAAAAUCUAUCACUUGCAGAUGGA